CAUCAAAAUAAAGCGCCGUAGUUCCUAUCGUACCGCGGCAACAUUAACAAGCAUUAUAUCUUGCUUCCGAAAUGAAAGUGACAGUCGGAAAUAUAUCCCUGGUGCUACAUUUCCUCUCCUUUUUCGGCUGGAUUCAAUGUACCGCUCAGGGUGAGCAACAUCCACACUGCACAGUGGACACCCGUGAAGGAGAAACAAAUGGCGUGCUCGUACCAGCCGCACAGUGCACCACAUUUCGGGAGCCUUCAAAGACCGACGACGGACAAAACCAACUCGUCUGCUGUCCAGUGUUCCGAAACGAACCGCACUGUGGACGGCUCUCCCAAUACGAGGACGAGUUCAGCUUCGACAGCCGCGAAACACAGCUCGAUCAGUUCCCGUGGGCCGCGAUGAUUCUGCUCCGUCGGGUCAGAAAGAUUGUGUGCAGCGGUUCACUCAUCAACAGCCGGUUCGUUCUAUCAGCUGCUCACUGCUUUGUGGCUGUGCGCGGUGUGAGUAAACCUGCGUCAGACUACCGGGUACGACUGGGCGAGUGGGACCUUGGACAGGACGAGGACUGCAUGUACGUGCGCGGUCAGUAUGUUUGUAACCGCCAACAACCGGUGGACUACGGCGUGGAGAUUAUCGUUACUCAUGAGUCUUUUGAACGACAACGAAGAGACUUGCUGCAUGACAUUGCCCUGCUCAAGCUUACCGGGCCGGUGGAGUACGGUGUGCAGAUAGGACCGGCCUGUCUACCAAACUGGAGCAUCGGUGUGCCGGAGACUGUGGGUCAGAAUUUUACCGUAACAGGAUGGGGAAGAACGAAAUCAUUUGGUGGAUUAAAACGCAAGUACAAAAUUGAGAUGAUGGGUAGGAAUAUCAGCGCGUGCGUCAAGGCUUAUAGGUUGCAAGCUGCAGAGGUCCCGCGGAUACAUCUGUGCGCUGGAGGUGUUUUUCGGAGAGAUGUGUGCCACGGUGACUCGGGAGGUGGUUUGUUGCGCAGAGAAGCUAACCAUUGGGUACUGGUUGGGAUAAUUAGCUUUGGACCAUAUCGCUGUGGCGUACCGCUGCCAGGUGUGUACACCAAUGUAGCGUACUACCUCGAUUGGAUUCAGUGGGCCAUCGACAAGUCUGUUUCGUGAGGUCUAACUUAAUAGCUAUAGAGUUGUGAACUGCUGUGUAAAUAAUAAGGAUUUUAAAUAAAAUCAACAAAAUGUCACUGUUGCCCUCGGAGAAAUCAA